AUGUCGACCAAGCACUUCCAUAUCAAGCAGCACAUCGUCCCAGCGCAGCACAUCCGAGGAUACUUCAAAUCGACGGCGAACAGUGAAGAAGAGGAGCUUCAACUCGCAGUCAAACAGUACAUACCAAGGGCCAAUUCGAAGCCUCAAUCAGGGGACGUGACGAUCAUCGCCGCACAUGCAGCGGGAUUUUGCAAAGAACUAUAUGAGCCUCUCUUCGAUGAUCUGUACGAGCAGUCGCAAGGAAGCUUUCGGAUUCGGUCGAUAUGGAUAGCGGAUAUCUGCACCCAUGGGCAGAGUGGCGUCCUCAACGAAGGUCGAUUGGGGAUCGAUUUAACAUGGGAGGACCAUGCUCGUGAUCUUUUACAAAUGACCAACAUCUUCCGCGAAGAGAUGCCCAAGCCAAUUGUCGGCUUGGGACACAGCAUGGGCGCCAACAACAUCAUCCAACUCGCAUUGUACCAUCCGAGGCUCCUGGAUGCUGUCAUCUGCGUCGAACCAGUGCUCAACAGAGACCACAAGGGUAUGAACUUCAGUCCGGCAUAUUGGCUCACUGAGCGAAAAGACGUCUGGCCUUCGAGAGAAAUCGCCGUCGCCGAGAAUCGAAAAAGCGGCCUGGUGAAAACUUGGGAUCCAAGAGUAAUCGACCGGUGGGAUGAGUUUGGCUUUCGAGAGCUUCCCACAUUGCUGCAUCCUCAGAGAGCCAGAGACGAAUCUAGACGGGUGACAUUCUCGACGACGAAACACCACGACGUUCGGGCUUUUGUUCGAGAUUGCCAUCCACCGGCAGGUGAGCCGUUGGAUAAUUUCCGACCGACGAGGUCAUCGCAUCCAGAAAUAGACAAGGACCAACAUACAAGACAUCAGCAGCCGGCCUAUCGAGGAGAUGCGGUGAAGCUGUUCAGGCAGAUCCCGUUUCUGAGACCUCCUUGUCUGUACAUAUAUGGCAAGCAGUCGACAUUGUUCGGCUCAAAGCCUGCUGGGCGAGUCGAGAAGCUGGAGAUAACAGGCAUCGAGGUUGGUGGUAGUGGUGGUGCAAAGGUUGGAAAGGUCGCCGAGUCGAUACUCGAUGGGGCAGGGCAUUUCGCCGCUCUCGAACAACCAGCCAAGGUCGCCGAGACUGCUGCCAGUUGGCUGGAGUCACAACUUGAUACUUGGCGAGAGGAGGCAUCUGCAGAAGCUGGAGCCUGGUACAAUCUCGAUACCCGCGAGAAAGCCAUGGUCAGUGACGACUGGAGAUGGUGGGUCAAGGAAUGGUAUGCUCGAAAGCCGGCACGAGACCCGAAGAGUAUGAGCAAAAAGGAUUCCAGUCGUCCAAGGCUGUAA